AAAACUGUGCUGCAAAGUAUUAUGGAUGAAGACCACAGUUUCACUGGCGACGCCUACACGAGUUUAUCCAUUAUUUAUGCAGUCUUCGCUACUUGCAACUGGUUAGCUCCAUCGUACAUCUCUAUGUCAGGGCCACGAGUUGCUAUUCUAACUGGCGCUUGCUGUUACGUCCUUUUCAUAGCGUCGUUCCUGUGGCCUCACAAUGCUCUACUCUAUAUUGCCUCCUGUGUCCUUGGUCUUGGAGCUGCUUUGAUAUGGACAGGGCAUGGACAGUACCUAACAGAGAACAGCAACACCGAAACCAUGUCCAGAAACGCAGGAGUGUUCUGGGCAAUCUUCCAAACGUCGAUGUUCAUCGGCAAUCUAUUCGUGUACUUCAUGUUCAUCAAUCCCAAAAUCGAUGGUUCGACGAGGAUAAUCGUUUUUAGCGUGCUAACCGGCUUAUCUAUCGCCGGCACCUGUCUCCUGGCUACAUUGAGGAGUUCAUCACAGAGGCUGGUUCUGGGUGAGGCUGAAGGAGUCUCCAGUGCUAACAGGGAACUUCAGAUACCAGAGCCAGCAAGAGAAAGACCAUGGAUAGCCGCCUGGGAUGCGCUUAUAGAUGCGUUCAGUCUUUUCUUGACGCUAAAGAUGCUUCUGUUGUCCUUGACCUUUAUAUACACUGGUCUUGUCUUAACGUUCUACACAGGCGUCUAUUCGUCAUGCAUUGGAUUCACCAAGGCAAUUGGCGAGUCGCGUAAAAGCCUGGUAGGUCUUUCAGGAAUUUUUAUUGGAAUUGGUGAGGUCAUGGGUGGAGCCAUCUUUGGUAUUUUUGCAUCAAAGCUGGCCCGCAAUUGCGGUGGAUGGUUGGUUGUAGUUACGGGAUUUGGUGUACAUCUAUUUGCUUUCAUUUCCAUUUUCUUGAACUUGCCAAACGACUCACCGUUUUCGGAGACCGACAAAGUAGGGUUCAUCACACCUUCACCAAUCUUAGCUAUGGCCGGAAGUCUUGCAUUGGGCUUUGGUGAUGCUUGCUUCAACACCCAAAUAUACUCAUUGCUCGGUACACUUUUUGCGAAACAGAGUGCAUCAGCAUUCGUGCUGUUCAAAUUUUUCCAGUCGGUCGCGGCUGCCAUCAGUUUUGGCUACACCAGUCGUGUCGGCCUUCAUAUACAGCUUCUUAUAUUGACGAUAACUAUCGUCAUUGGUACCGUUGCCUUCUGUUACGUCGAACGCAUUUCAAGAAGGGAAGCCGAUAACAACGCGACCGACACCAACCCUACUCUCGUUAAGUAGCAAACGGACUGUGAAUGUGCUCAACCAAUAAUUUGCAAUGAUUGAAAACGUUCUAUUUGCUCAAGAUUAUUAGAAUGGAAUAGAAUUAUACAUUUCAAACAUUUGAUUUUUUAAAAUUACUAACAGAAAGUGGGAAACAGUAUCAGUUUAAUAAUUCGAGCUAAAUUGUUAUGCAAAAAUAAACAUCUGAAAAUCAGCUGUUAUACAAAUUGUAAUAGAUUAUUAUACGAGUUUCUGUAUAUAUACAUUUACACAUGUAUUUAACAUACACAUAUGUACAUAUAUUUAACUAUACACAACUAAAAAAAAAUAUCAAUAUCAUACAGCGAUGUGAUAAUUAUUGGCACAAUGUUCUUGACUGUCUAUUCUUAUGGAAAUUUCAUUGAAUAAACAAUUUUUUCAUUAAGUGUCUUGAAUUACACAUUAUCCCACAUAAGAGAUUCAAGAUUAAAUUCAUAAAUGAAGUGCCCCAGAACAGACAGAGACAGAUUGUACAUAUGUAACUACACCGUUCAAUAAGUAGAUCGUAAGAUUAAUCAACUACUGAAAUGUUACAAUAUCAAUUAUAUUAUUUGACAAAUUUUUA